AUAGUCUCGGUGCGGAAUGGCGUCGGGACACCGCCGUCUGCCAUACUUACAACGUGCAACCGCACACAAUAUAUUUACACAUAUAUUUAUAGCGGACGCUAGCACGAUGUGCGGGAGAAUGAGUGAGAGAGUGAGUGAUUAAGUGAGUUAGCGAGCAAAAGAGAUUUAAUUACGUAACGGUGACAACAACAAUACACCAGCAUAUCGACGUCGAUUAUCAAAAAAAGAUUCUGCUCGUCGCAAGUCGAUCUCAAUCGCAAUCGACAUCAUCAUCCUCAUACUCAUCAUAUGAGAGAGUCGCGCCCGCCGAGCACGGAGCAAGGAACAAAUAUGCAAUACACACCACAUAAUAGUUCUAAAAAUAAGUGAUUAAAUUUAGUAUAUAGCGUACACAGCAGAAGAGGCUUAUUAGUUUUGCGCCGCGUGCUGAGAAAAAGCAGCUUUUUUCUUUCCAAACGCCACCAAAAAAAUACCAAACCGAAAACCCGGUGGAUGAUCCGAAAAUCUUCCGUAGCACCGUGAAAAAUGGCGUUGGUCAUGCUGCCAUGCGAUCUGCCGUGGUGGGGUUCCGUUCAGAAACAACUCAAGAAGUUAGCCAACACGAAGAACACGCUAGAACUUAUCGAUGGAAUGCAGAAGAUACACGAUAUGUGCAACAUAAGUUUGGAUCCUGACGAGGAUACUCCGGACCCUCAUCAGUUCGUCGGUCUGCUAAACUUCCUGGACAAUGAUCUGACCAGCGAGGAGCGCAGCAACUUCCUCAACCAAACUCUUCCGUCGAUGGCAACCAGGGCUUCCAACCUGCGACAGCACAAACCCAAGUCUGGUCUUCACUUCAGCCUCCAACAGCAACCCGACUGCACCGAACUGGAGUACGAACUUGCGGCCUCUCUAGUAGCAAACGCCUUCUUUUCAACGUACCCAAAACGGACGAACAAAACGCAUCCCACGCUGCAGAACUUUAAUUUCAGCUACUUCUUCAAGAAUUUGGUUACAAAUUCGCAGAAAGCCAAACUAAAAAGCAUAUUACACUACUUUGAUUGGUUGAGUCUCGGUGAGAACGCCAAAGGAAAAAUGAAACUUUCCAGACAGGUGAUGUCUAGUAAAGAGUGGUUAACUAUCGAGGAUUGGUUGGAGUGCAAUCUUCCGCUUUGCCCCAUCCUGAUUAAGCACGAAGGAAAGCUGGAGAGGACGGACAAAGAGUCACUGAGCGUGUGCUUUUCGAGCACGAAACCCGGGGGACGUAUUCUGGAGAAUGGAAAUACUCAGGAAUCUAUGUGCAUGGCUUGCGUGCCUGAGCUUCUGGCGAUCAUGCUGCACGUGGAGUCGUUGGAGGACAAUGAGGUGGUGACGGUCGAGAAGGUGCGACGCGUGUCGCGGAUUGUCGAUCCGAAGAACCGCGCCACCCUGGAGAAGUUGAGGGAAGCCGAAGAGAUUACAAUGUGUUGUGUAGAUGCGGAAGACUAUUCGAAGCUCCCUCUGAGUCAGUACGAAGAAGACAACGUCCUCAGGGAGCUGAACAAAUGCUUAUUGGCAUACCAGCAGAAGCAAUCGGUGAGGGAGCAAUCGCCAAUUCUGCAACAACAGCAGCAACACAACAAGACCAGAAGGCUAUCGCCGAUCGGAGAAUCCAUCUCGCUCGGUUCCAACAGCGACCAACCACCUUCCAACCUUCCCAUCAUCACGCAAGAAUCCUGCAGCACAACGAGAAGCGGUUCUGCAUCACCUCGAUUCGAUAACAACAACUACACCAACAACAACAAGCUUCGGGUACAGUUGGAAUUCGAGCGAGGACUGCAGAACAAAGCGAAUACCGACGUCGUCAAUAACCGAAGAGGCAGAUUCAUAGUACUAGGUUCAUCCGGAGAAUGUCUUCCGGUGAAAAGAAAUCCAAUGUUGAGAGCGGCGAGUCGAUAUUCGAGCUGCAGCUCGAGCGACGAGGAAUUCCACAGCGCCAAAACGAGCGUCGAAGAUGAGAGCGAAGAAGAGGAGUUCCACAAGAGAUACAGCUUAGAUUUACAGACACCAGAACGAAGACAUACGUUUGCUGAAAGAUUAAAGGAUGCGCUGCGAAAAGAAGCCUCGAGUAUGAGCACAUCCACAGAAUCUAGUUACGCAGUUGGCAUCAACGUAACCGGAAGUGGCGUUGCCGAUCCAGACAUUAAAGUGAAAAGGAAAGGCUCGACUGGUUUUAUGCUACAAGAGGACUCCCUUGAUGAGGAGUUCUUGGUAGACUCGUUGAAACAGGAGAAACAGUGGAUCGACAAGUUCCGUAAUAAGCAGUCGGCCGUUCUUUCCAGAAAGGAAUCCAACAAGUCCAGCGAGUAUAGUUUUAGUACAGAUUACAGUUCCGAAUUGGAAGAAGUGUACGAGCAAUUCUCGAGAUGGCUGGAAGAUCCUAUUCUGCAGACGGAUAAAGGAGCUAAGAAGCAUCUGGAUGGACGCGAUUUGGCGGUAGUUCAGUUUGCUGGUUCAAUUCUUAAAAGAACGUUAAGUGAAUCCUUUGCCGGAGUUCCAUUGGUCGACGGAGAUAGCGCACCCAGCACAAAUGUGGGUGAAUACUCCAACGUGACGAAGAAGAAUAAGAUGGUUUUGAGCGCCAAAUCGUUGAGUUUGGAGCUGGCCAAACACAAGCAUCUACUUGCAGCCCAACUGAACGAGACUAUCGCUCCUGUUGUUGAGGAUACUCGAGCCCCUAAAAAGCGUUUGAAUUGGGUAGCUACUGUAGUUCAGACAUUAGAAGAUAUUUGCGUUAACGUAACAUUACCCCCACCGGUUAGAAUUACUAAUAAGAAGUUGUCGCAGAUAGCGCAGAAACCUAAAAAUGGGUUACGGUCCAUCUCCACGGGUAACUGGGGGUGUGGUUCAAGUAAAAAAGGGGAAGUGCAACUAAAAGUGAUCAUCCAAUGGCUGGCAGCGAGCGUCUCGGGCGUUCCCUCCAUCAUCUACUACACCUCCGGGCAUGGGGAAUUGGCAUCCCUAGACACCGUCUAUAGGAUCCUGAGGGAUAGGAAAUGGACUGUCAAGGAUUUGGCGGACGCAACGCUAAAAUACUCCGCCCGUAUGAUCGAAGGCCGCAACGAAAACUCGACCCUCUUCGAGGAGCUGAUCGGCGUAGAUCGAAAUUCAACGAACGACAAAAGAAACCAAUAACACUGUACAUAUAUUAUAUACACGUAAUUAAAACAAAUCGAAUCAAA